UGGUUAAGCGUCAGGUUCCCCCAAGCAGCUUUCCUUGGAAGUACUGGUCAGCCCAGUGACUGGCCCUUUUCUCCUUUCCGGCCCUAAUACAGUAGCCGAUGGAGCUUUCUUACCAGACCCUCAAAUUCACGCACCAGGCACGGGAAGCGUGUGAGAGGAGAACAGAAGCACGACGAAAAAAUCUUCUUAUUUUGAUUCUGCAUUAUUUAACACAAGAAGGAUAUAUCGAUACAGCCAAUGCUUUGGAGCAAGAAACUAAACUGGGGCUACGACGCUUUGAAGUCUGUGACAACAUCGACCUUGAAACUAUUUUGAUGGAAUAUGAGAGCUAUUAUUUUGUAAAAUUUCAGAAAUACCCCAAAAUUGUCAAAAAGGCAUCAGACACAGCGGAAAAUAAUUUACCACAAAGAAGUGGAGGGAAGACCAGAAGGGUCUUUGUUCCCUUCCCUAGGGUGAUGAGCGACAGUUGUCAAAAUCUUCCCAAGAUCAGUCAGCAGAGGCCACGGUCCAGAACCACGGUGGGGAAGCCAGGGGAUGCCAAAUCCGUCCAUAAGGAGCAUCCUAAACAGGAGCCUGUCAAUAAUACUCCCAUGGAGGGCGCUGACUUUGGCUUGAGUAUAUCAGGAAUCCCCAAAGGCAGCGGAGAAGAAAACGUCCACCCACAAAAAGGCCAAAUCAUUGACUUCCGAGGGCUGCUCACAGAUGCCAUCAAAGGAGCAACCAGCGAGGUUGGCUUGAACAGCCUUGACUGUAACCCAGACCCCUCAGAACGAUUGUUGAAACCUCUGAGUGCAUUUAUUGGCAUGAAUAGUGAGAUGCGAGAACUGGCAGCCGUGGUGAGCCGGGACAUUUAUCUCCAUAGUCCAAACAUAAAGUGGGAUGACAUUAUUGGACUCGAUGCAGCCAAGCAGUUAGUCAAAGAAGCUGUCGUGUACCCUAUAAGGUACCCACAGCUGUUUACAGGAAUUCUCUCCCCCUGGAAAGGACUGCUGCUCUAUGGCCCUCCAGGUACAGGGAAGACUUUACUGGCCAAAGCUGUGGCCACGGAGUGCAAAACAACUUUCUUUAACAUUUCUGCGUCUACCAUUGUCAGCAAAUGGAGAGGGGAUUCAGAAAAACUUGUUCGGGUGUUAUUUGAACUCGCCCGCUAUCACGCCCCCUCCACCAUCUUCCUGGACGAGUUGGAGUCAGUGAUGAGUCAGAGAGGCACGGCUCCUGGGGGAGAACAUGAAGGAAGCCUCCGGAUGAAGACAGAGUUACUGGUGCAGAUGGAUGGGCUGGCUCGCUCAGAAGAUCUCGUGUUUGUCUUAGCAGCUUCUAACCUGCCAUGGGAGCUGGACUGUGCCAUGUUACGCCGCCUGGAGAAGAGGAUUCUGGUUGAUCUCCCCAGCCGGGAGGCCAGGCAGGCCAUGAUCCACCACUGGCUGCCCCCUGUGAGCAGGAGCAGAGCCCUGGAGCUGCGCACAGAGCUGGAGUACGGCGUGCUGAGCCAGGAGACUGAGGGCUACUCGGGCUCAGACAUUAAGCUUGUCUGCAGAGAAGCAGCCAUGCGGCCUGUGAGGAAGAUCUUCAGUGCCCUUGAAAAUCACCAGUCAGAGAGCAGCAAUUUACCUGGAAUCCAGCUGGAUACAGUGACCACUGCCGACUUCUUAGAUGUGCUAGCUCACACCAAGCCUUCAGCAAAGAAUCUGACUCAGAGAUACUCAGCCUGGCAAAGUGAGUUCGAGUCCGUAUGAAAUCACAUUUAUCCCGACCCGGCCACAAAGACAACCAAAGAGGCUUCCUGAUUUAUUAGUGUAAGCGGGAGAAGAACAUAAUGAUUGGAAUAGAAAAAGUUAUCCUUGAAGACCGAAUUAGUUUGAACAACCGUACUAUUUUGGGACUAGGAUAUAUUUUUGUCAAAUUUUCAUGACUGAUGCCAGCAGUAUGUUGGAGAUUUCAAUUACAGGUGUAUUUGCUAUUA